CGAUAUCACGGUGUUCCACUGUUCUAACACAAUACAGCUUUAUUAUAAUAUAUUAUUAAUGGUAGCAUAUAUCGAUUAAACGAAGUCUGCGUGGAUGUUACAAGGCGAACGUUAUCAUGAACGGCGUCCCGGAUAACGCACCCCAGCAUUGCCCCGGCACCGGCAGUGAGGACGCUGGUAAAGCUUCGGCGUGCGCCGGAUGUCCCAACCAAAACAUCUGUGCGUCUGGUGCAGCAUCAGCUCCCGAUCCAGCUAUAGAAAUAAUCAAGGAGCGCCUCUCUAAAGUGAAACACAAGAUCCUCAUCCUCUCCGGCAAGGGAGGUGUUGGGAAGAGCACAGUCACUUCCUUACUUGGACAUGCUUUGGCUGCCAAGAACCCGGACAUAAAUGUGGGAAUUCUUGACGCGGAUAUCUGCGGGCCGUCGCAGCCCCGCGUACUUGGCGUGAGCGGCGAGCAAGUCCACAACUCCGGCUCCGGCUGGUCGCCUGUGUAUGUAACGGACAAUUUGUCUCUGAUGUCCAUCGGCUUUCUACUCGGCAGCCCCGACGACGCAGUGAUUUGGAGAGGACCGAAGAAAAAUGGAAUGAUUAAGCAGUUCCUCAGCGAGGUAGAUUGGGGAGAACUAGACUACCUAUUAAUUGAUACGCCUCCUGGCACAUCAGACGAGCACCUAUCCGCCGUGCAGUACCUGACCGGCGCGGGUCUGACCGGCGCGCUGGUAGUGACCACGCCACAAGAAACCGCGCUUCUCGACGUGCGUAAAGAACUGCAGUUUUGUAAGAAACUGAACGCGAGAGUGCUGGGCGUGGUAGAAAAUAUGUCGCUGUUCAUUUGUCCUAAUUGCAAGACUCGCAGCGAGAUCUUCCCAGCGACAACCGGCGGUGCAGCACAGAUGUGCCUCGAGCAAGCAGUGCCCCUGCUGGGCGCGUUGCCGUUAGACCCGGUGCUCGCGCGCUGCUGCGACGACGGACGCGAUUUCAUCGCGGAGCUGCCGGACUCGCUGGCCGUCACCGCGCUGAUGGGCAUUGUCGAUACGACAACCGGCGGUGCAGCACAAAUGUGCCUCGAGCAAGCAGUACCCCUGCUGGGCGCGUUGCCGUUAGACCCGGUGCUCGCGCGCUGCUGCGACGACGGACGCGAUUUCAUCGCGGAGCUGCCCGGCUCGCCUGCCGUCACCGCGCUGAUGGGCAUUGUCGAUAGUGAGUCCUGA